CGGCGGUUCGAGGACGUCGGCGUGCGCCGGUUUUUAAUCGCGUCGAGUCGCUCGUCGUCGGAACGUGAAUUACAUUGCGUACGUCUAUACCUAGGACAGAGAUACACCCUUUCUCGGUCCAGCGGCGAAUAUUUGUACAUAAAAACCGGGAUUGUGCUCGUUGUCAGUGAACCGCGGAUAAUGGUCGAACUGUGGAAUCGCGGGCGUCGUGCUCCAGGAGUCAGUCGCCCCGCGGGAUGCGUUGUCGGAUAAGAACGGAUCGCCGGCACGUUGUUCGAAAAUAGAUUCACCGCAGUCGGUGACGUCCGUUCUGCAGAAAUUGAUAACCGAGAUAGUUGAUUCGGAGCAGCGGUCAUCGCAAGUCGGUUCUACUCGUUUAUUCUGCGCAGUUUAUUCUCCAUCGUACGUGCGGGAAUUUCGAUGAACCGAGGAUCGAUGGAGCAGCUCGCAAAGAUGUAAGAGGAAGAAGAAGGAGAAGGAACGAGAAUUUGCCAAUAUCGUUACCCAACGCGAUUGUAUACCCGAGGCGCGAUCAACGCGGCGUUACUUCCCGGGACGUAAAUGUCAACGAGACAUUUUGAAAAUCUUUGCUUUAGCGUCUGCGCGCUUGAAUCUGCAGUUCUGCUCGAUCUCGCGAAUUUUCCGCGGCGUUCGGUGCAGCAGUGCAUGCAGCAGCAGCAGCGGUGCAAGACGAAUAGGAAUAACGUCGCUUAAGAAGCCGAGUGAACCGGAUCGGCGUUCCGUAUCGUAGUGCGAGUGCACAUGGUGGUGGUCCGGGCGUAAAAUAGAACAUGUCAAACGACCAUCUUGUCAUCUCGAGUGGCGGUGAAGUGCCGACGACGAAACGUCAGUGAAGAUGGAAAACAUUCUGCGGCUCGGAGUGCAGGGCAAUAACUCCUUCAUACCGACACCGAGGAGCGGCAAGUACGUCGGUUCGACCGAUCAGAAACAGAUAAAAAAUGACUAUUCGAAAAUCACUAAAACCGAGCAGAACAAGCUCAGGCUGAUUAUGCAGUACGGCGAACAUCCAAGGGAUGGAAACUCGCUUCUCCUUGUCGAUACCGACGCUGCGGUGGAUAAGGAGGAAAAUACUACCAACUUGUGCAACGCUGUCAGGGCGAAGACCAACCAAUCCAACACCAGGAUUCCCGUUCAUUCCAUCGACUCCAGGAGCCCACGAUCCGACUUUGACAAGGCUCGCAGUAAGCGGGGGGUGGCCCAGGGUGUCAAAGAGGAGGAGGAGGAGGAAGAGUUCCCGAGGGGCAAAAACCCCGGCAGGCUGACCGAGGCCGUUUUGAGUUUGGGGGGCGUCGGGACGCUCGAUUCGGCGAAGCGUACGGCCCUGAGUGCGACUCGGGGAUCCGACGCCCCGUCGACGACGCACCCAGCAGUGGCGACGCCGGAUCAGCAGCAGCAGCAGCGAUUCCCCGAGUCCGGUGAGUUCCCUCAGUCGCAGCAGAGACGGACGCAGCGAACGACGACGCGAUGUGCGCCCGGAUCAGCGGCGAGUCAAGUCGCGCGGUACAAACGGCCCGAAACAACCGCGACGCCUGGUGCAAAAGUAAAUAAGGAAGAUGUCAUGGAGCCGGAACUGAAGGAGAAGGACGAGCGGAAGUCGAGCACGCCGAGCCCGGAGCUGCCUGCUCACUGUGGUAAGCCGUACAACGAAGAUGGAAGCAGCGAAGAAGACGGUGGGCCAAGCGGUUGCUCCCGAACGCACAGACUAUCGUCGCUGUAUCACGGAACUUGGCCGGUCGAGCGAGGAUUGUGGAACAGCCAACAAACUGGCCUCGGAAAUCAGCAGAGCACGUCAACCACUGUCCACAACGAUAUAGCAAGCGUGAUGAGCUUCUCCUCGAGCGUGAGUAUGGGAGUCGGAUGUCCCGGAGGAGCGCAAGAGAUGCAAGGACAGAGGAGACUCGGAGCCAAGGUGGACGUUGUUUAUAGUUUGUUGGGAAUGCUCGGAGGUGCGGAAGGGCGAGAAGACAUGAGCGCUACCCUUCUGUCCAUGAGUAAUUCCACGGAUAGUUGUUUGGCGAUGAGGCAAUCCGGGUGUCUCCCUUUACUGGUUCAACUCAUCCAUGCCCCGGGCCAAGAUCCCGAAACCAGAGACAGAGCCUCGCAGGCUAUUCACAACAUCGUACACUCGAGAGGCGAGGAAAGAGCUGGGCGACGAGAAGCCAGAGUACUCAGACUCCUGGAACAGCUCAGAGACUACUGUCAGUCGCUAAGAACAACCCUUGCAGCACGACAACCACUCGACGAUUUUGACAGACAUCCGGGUCCAACUAUAGCAGCCCUGAUGAAACUCUCGUUCGACGAAGCCCACAGACACGCAAUGUGCCAGUUGGGAGGUCUGCACGCCGUUGCAGAACUGAUUGAAAUGGACCACGCGGCCCACGGGAGUGAGUGCGACGACCAGAACUGCGUCACACUGCGUAGAUACGCUGGUAUGGCACUGACCAAUCUGACAUUUGGUGACGGCAACAAUAAAGCACUUCUUUGCUCGUUUAGAGAAUUUAUGAAGGCACUGGUCGCACAAUUGCGGAGUCCUAGCGACGAUUUGCGUCAAGUAACUGCUAGCGUGCUUAGAAAUCUAUCCUGGCGAGCUGACAGUAGUAGCAAACAAACGUUACGCGAGGUAGGAGCAGUCGUCGGACUUACAAUGGCUGCGAUGGAAGGAAGAAAAGAGUCAACCCUCAAAUCCAUACUCUCAGCACUAUGGAACUUAUCAGCUCACUGCAGUACCAACAAAAUCGACAUAUGCGCGGUCGAGGGUGCUCUGGCUUUCCUGGUUGACAUGCUCAGCUACAAAGCGCCUUCAAAGACUUUGGCGAUUGUCGAAAAUGCCGGGGGUAUAUUAAGAAACGUUUCGAGUCAUGUAGCCGUGAGAGAAGACUACAGAUCAAUUCUCCGAGAGAGAGGCUGCUUGCAAGUCCUUUUGCGCCAGUUAAGAUCUCCCAGUUUAACGGUGGUCAGUAACGCCUGUGGUGCGUUGUGGAAUUUGUCUGCUCGUUGCCCUCAGGAUCAACGCAUGCUGUGGGACCUUGGAGCAGUGCCAAUGUUACGGAGCCUUGUUCACUCCAAGCACAAAAUGAUAUCAAUGGGUUCCAGUGCUGCUUUGAAGAAUCUUUUGGGUGCGCGACCUGGUAGCAGUAAUCUGGUCCAUCUGGAUUCAACUGCUAGAGGUUUGGGAUUACCAACUUUGCCUACUCUAGUUGCGCGCAGGCAGAAGGCUCUUGAACAGGAGAUUGAUCAGAACUUGGCCGAAACUUGUGACAACAUCGAGCCGAGUACUUCUCCCACAAACAAGGAUGACAAGUUUGGAUUCAAAGUUGAGCGACGAUACGCUGACCUUGAUUCUAGGAGCGGGCAUUCGUAUCAAAUGCAAAACGGCCAACCUGGGCCAUCCAGUAUGCGAUUCAACUGCGUAGCUCGAAGUGAGAGUAGAGAGUCCGUUCGUUCCAUAACUAGUACACACUCGGAUACGAUUUUUGAAAGAGUUAAUCGGCAUGUAUUGAACGGAGUGUCGCCAACUGAGUCGCAAGCAAAACAACAAUCGUCUUCCCUUCAUGCUGCAACAGGAUUUAACGCCGGAAUUUCUGCAGAUAGCACUGCUAAAGUGGCUAAUUCGGACAGAAAAUAUGUUCUACGUUACAAGAAUGCCUUCCCAGAGAGGCAAAGAGCUGUAAAUGAACUUUCUUUCAAUGAUGUGGCAGACUUACGGUGUACUACUUCUACUAUGUCGUGGGCUUCCGCUGCAGAUCAAGAAGCAGCCUGCUCUCAGAUAUUAAUGCGGUCCUCUAUUGACGAGUCUUCAUUGUCCAACGAAUUGAAUAACCCCCUUAUAGCUAACAGUGACGAUAUUAAAUCUCAGUAUUUUUCCGAAGGAUCUGGUUUGUCAAGCAUCACAAGAUCUGGUGCAAGUUUGCCUGUGACUUCUAGUCAACAGGUGGAUGAGUGUGUCCAUUAUGGAAAUGAAAACCGCGAAAUCAUGGGAGCAAUAAAAAAAGAUACUGCUGUAUCCAAGCCAGUAGAUUACAGACUAAGAUAUACUUUACGCGAUGUCGACGAAGAUGAAAAACAACAUUCCGGUUACUUUGCAGAGAGCGAAGAGGAGUUUCCCCACAGUAGUAAUAUCAAAAACCCAUGUGCAGGAGAAAGGACACAGUACAAAACAAGUGGCCUAAAAGUGUGCAGAGAAUUCAACGGCAAAGAUAAUACAGUUACGAGCACAACUUAUGAAUCAUGGAAGUCUGAGCCCUCUAAGGGUCUGAAACACUCCUCUGAAACAAGCUCGUUAAAUUCACUGGACAAGCACGCUAAUUAUCGUUUAGAUCAAGCGUCUAAUUCCAGUUCCAGCAUUAGUUCUUUGACUGGUACAGUUGUAGGUGACAAAUCAGCAGCAAGUAUAACGCAGAAACCAAGUAAUGCAUUAGAGGAAAGCAAUAAUAAUUCCAUGGUGGAGGCCAAAAAUGAUAUUAGCACGCUUGACAGUGUUUCAGACGUAGACCGAAGCCAUAAAUUUACGGAUCAUCAACAGGAACAAACUUCCCUUACAUUUCCACAAUAUGAUUCUCUAGGUUUACUCAGUGGCUUCGAUGAACACAGCUCACUUGCAAGCAAUUUAAGCCUACGGCUGGAAAGUUUUACCGGCAACGAAUUUCUAGAAUCACCAGCAGAAAGCAUGUCAGUGAAUAAUUUACAACCAGUUUGUACUAGCAACAUGCAAAAUCAAGAGUCUACACUUUCAGAUCAACAUUUAUCUCAUGCCGAAUCCUAUUCAGUGAUGCACAAUACAUUUGUGAAUGAUGUGACACCAAAUGGUCUAACAAUAGAUGAUGAGCCAAAAAUUGCUAAUGAUUCUAGACUGAAAGAAUAUAGCGCAAUAUCUGCUGCAGGUAUUUCUGAAUCUGAAGAAAUAGGAGAGUCGCUAAACUUGGGAAUUGGAAGCAUACUGGAAGACAGAGAAGAAGACACCGAAGUCAAUGAAGUUGAUAAUGGUAGCGAUCACUUAUUUGCUGAUGUUACGAGUGAAGCAGAAGCUGCAAGGCAUAAGACGCCCUUCAGAAGAAACAGUUUGCAAAAAUCUCCUCAACCUGUCAGCAAUUUAACACGAUAUCAGACUAGUUCUGCACUGGAUCAAGUAGACGUAACUGGUCCAGUGAGUCUGAUAACUGAGACACAGAAUUUCAGGCACUCUACGCAUGACGCAACUGGUGGCCCAGCGAGUCUGACAAUGGAGACCCUGAAUUUCAGACAUCCCGCACAUGACGCUAAUGACACAUUUGUGGGCGAUAGUGAAAACCCUACCAGAGAGAUUUCACGCAUACCUUCGCUUGUAACUGAACUUCCUCGCUGCAGUAGUGCAGGACUUGAAGAUAUUUCAAAUGUUCUGGAACAGGAUGCAGGGUCAAAUAAGUUAGAUAUAUGUCGGAAUACCACAAAACCUGCUUUCACUUUGCCUGCAUUGGAGAAUGAAGAACUCGAUUUAACUGUAGAAAACGUCAAUGACAAGCAGGAAUCAAUUUUGGAUGUUGCAGCAAAAUUUUUCGUUGAAAAAAUAGCUGAAAAUGUUUCAGAGACAACCUGUCGUCCUGCUCCAUCGACCAGUGGUAAUCGAGUAUCGCCUGAACCUACAACAACUUUGCAAGAAGAGAAUGUUGUUGAGAAUCAAAGUGAAGAUCAACAUGUAGAAAAUGCAUCAACCGAUGUUCUACAUUUAAUACCAAAGAACAUCCUGAGUGAAAAUGAAAAUACUACGAGUAAGAUAUUUUUUGAUUAUCGCGUAGGUUCGGAAAAUCGUACCAAUGGUGAGGGUGAGGAAGAAAAAAAUUCAAUGAAAUUGACGGAAUAUUCACCUGGCAUUUCACCAAGUAAAAUAGAAGAUGACAUAGAGAAUAUGAAUAACAGUGAAGAAGAUAACUUAAGCGAUGAAGUAACAUCACCAACGAUUGACCCUUUAUUUUCUGCAGUAGAAAGAGCGGCUUGUAACAAAGGCGAUCGUUCAAAGAAUCGCGAGGAGACGGAAGAAGAAUAUAGAAGACAAAGAGAUCCAGAUGCUAUGAUUGCUUCGUUGGAUCGAUUGACAGCUACACUGGUUCAGCAAACAGAGGCAAUGAGAGAACGCGAUUCCUCUGCUAUGAAACAAAGCGUUGUCAGUGAUACUUGGAAUGAAGAUUCGCCAAAUGAUGUUUCUUUUCCUAGUAUAAGCGUGAGCGCACCGUUAAUCGCCUCUUUCAAAAGCGACAAUCAAGAAGAUCAGACCAUCCCAAAUCCAGAGUAUUCUGAUGAAUUGAUCGGCACACAGGAAGUCAUGACGGAUUCGAGGAUAAUUGAACAGGAAGCCAACAAACUGGCAGCUGCUGUUAACGCAAGGGUCGCAGAAUUUGACUUGGAUGCAGUCAGUAUGACAUCAAUGGAUCUUGAUGCAAUAAAGCCUCCGUCUACAAUGGGUAGUCUUGUAUCACUAACUACGAGUUUGAUCGGACCUAUCGAUACCACCGAGCAUUCAAUUGUCAGAGAAAGGUGUCAUUCUGCUUCGCUUCCUCCUUUGCAACUCAAGAGUCAGAUAUCGAUAGACUGUCGAAAUGGACGAAAGAAGUCACUUCCUGCUGGAGUUAUGGCUAAAAGAGCACUCAGUCAAUACCAGAAUCACACUGGGAGUCUUGAGAAUUUACUGAGCGAAACUGGCACCACCAGUAUGUCUCACUUGGAGAAUGUCAAGCCACCUUCGAUGAUGGACGAAUUGUUGGAUGCUAUGGAUAUGGAAAACAGUAUGCUGAGCGUUGCAAGUAUUACUUCGGAAGUUGCAGACACCAAGGACCAGGAUUCACACAGUUUAACAUCCAGCGAUCCAAUAUUUGAUUUGCUAAAACCAGUUGCCAAUAUUUUGUCUAUGACCUGCAUGCGAUAUGCGGAAUCUAUGCAAGUCAGUGGCAAUAAUAGUCUUAGCGAGUGUCUGGAGAAUAUAAAUCCUCCUUCUCUUUUCAACGAGGUAAGCGAGAUGGAUGAAUCUACAAUGGAACCGACCAGCGAAACGUUUUGCAGCGAUACUCUGUGCAUCGAUAAUGAACUUCAGACGGAAGAAGUUUGUCGAGAUCGUGAAAUUUCAAUAGAUCGAAUAGAAGAAUGUGACAAUGACACCGAUGACGCAGCUACUUCCAUCCCAUCUGAAUACUGUGUUAGUAGUUCAGCAGAGUCUACACCAAAGAAAUGGCACAACAAAAGUAACUUGACUCCAAAGCAGAAAAGACAAUUGGCGAAAGAAAGAUAUAAAACUUAUACUAUUGCUGCGGAAAUGGUGAAAAAGGAAGAAGAGGAGCGGCGGAAGAAUGAUCAUGAGGAGAGCAAAAUUGGAAAAUAUGCCCGUGGUAAGUGCUCACCUUUUUCAAAGCUUACGCCUAAACAACGGAGACAAGAAGAUAGAGCUCGAUUCCAGACCCAAGUGUUGAAUAAUCCAUUCCCUGAACUGGUCGCGUACAAUGCUACAGAGUGUCAGACACCAUUAGCAGAUAAUCCAGAGAGUCCAGAAACUGAAGAGGCUUCAUCGGCCGUGAAAUCUUGUAUUCCGACACUCAGAAAGCUUUCAGGGGGAAAAACAAUUAAGCAAAAACGAGCUGAGAACAAGGAUAGAUAUCGUACAAGGACACUGGAUGACGAAGAAGCGCAGGAAGCUAGCAAAGAUGUAGAUGCUGUAAUAUCUGGAACCCACUUUGGUGAUUCUGACGCCUCUCUUGAAACGAUGCUACUUAUUACGCCUGGUGAAAUGAAAACUAAGCUAGAAGAUUUCGUCGGCCAAGGCUCAAGUUCCGGCAAGCCUAUCGGUGAAGAUGUUUUAACUGUGAGCAAGGCACAGAAUUUAACAUUAGACGACUUCGAGUCGGAAUAUGAUUCGAGCGUGCGUGUUGCUGAUGGACUUCACAAAAGGUUUGGAAAAUCACAAUUGUCAGAGCCGACUGCUGUGUUAAGUUUUACAUCAAGAUUCAAUGAACAAAAGCAGUUAUCUCCGUCGAAAGACUCGCUCCAAGAUCUUGCAUCAUCAGCGGAACCAGAGAGUCAAGGGAAUUCUGAUUCUAACAAUGAGAGUGACGAGGAGUCGAAUAGUGCCAACAAUCAAUCGCAGAUACCAAAAAGACCAAGGAUCGUCAAACCAGGAACAAUAAGUAGAGAUGCUAGCGUCGAUUCAAAUGCUACAGAUAAAUCUGAAUCGGAGAGUCCGAAGACGAUUAGAGGACGAAGAAAAGCUCUGUACUUUAAGCCAACUACACGUAAAUCAACGCCAACUACUUCUCCUUCAAAAAUACACAACGGCGCUGUUAGCGGAAUACCGAUAGGACGCAGUAACACCUCACCUCUGGUUCGAGGAACAAGAGCGACUACUCUUAGGCAAACGCAUAAUCCAAGUUUCCCAACAAAACAUCAACAGAAAUCAGUUGCCAACUCUAAAAUCAUAUCACCGUCUGCUUGUGCAGUGGAAAAACGGAUCCAGGGUUCUGCCUUGACUGCAAACAAAACUUCUAUCCCUCAGAGAGGGACCGUUUUUAAUUAUUCCAAAUCGACAAAACGCCAUACUACUCCUUUGGGUUCUUCUUCAGCUUCGUACGCAUUCAAAGAUGACAGGAAGGAACCUGCGAUCAAACCUCUCGAAAGGCAAGGUACAUUUACAAAAGAAGAACCAGAAGUUGAGAAUGCGCCAACAGUGCUUCCACCCUGUUCGCCAAACAGAAGUAAAAUUGCUAAACCAAUAAAAACUUCACCUUCCAAAAUUCAGACUCCCAGCAAGUCCAAACCGAUUACUAAAAUUCUUCAAACGCAGCAGUCUAAAUUCACUAAAGCGAACAAUUUGGAUAAAGAUCAAGCUAGAAAUUCGUCACCCACUGUUACUUAUCAAAAACGAAGUCUCAUAGGAUCUCCGAUUAAAAAUUCUCCUAGCAAUCAAAGUUUACAAAGUAACGAAUCCGCCCGGACUACAAAGAAAACGAAUUGCCUGGGCCAAAGGUCUAAUAGUAAUUCCAGCAUAGUGUCAAAUUCUUCUACGGGCAUCCAAGGUCGUCGGACUUCCAAAGAAGCCACCAGUAAAAUCGCGAGCUUGUGGAAAAGAGUAGAAGAGAGCAAGACCAAACAGCGUUUUGAGAAAAAUGAUACGAGGCACUGGAUCACACCUGCGAACGAUACCAUUGAAUCUGGGAAUCCGGCUGUUACCACCAAGCCGCCAACAUUUCGAUUAAUUCGGAGUUCUACUUUUGAGGGAGUUCCUAAAGAUAUCAGCAGAAAUGGUUCGCCAGGUAGACCUAAAUCUAAUGUGGCAAAGCAGCCUGCUAAGGUAACAGAUACUCAAGGCCUUAGUCCGAAGUAUCGGAAUUCGUGUGACUUAACCGGAAUGAGUAUCGCGGAAGCGCAUUGUAAGAUCCCAGUCAAAUAUCCCGAAUUAUCAGCGGGGACAAGAAACACCAUACAGAUAGACGACAGCACAGUAAUUUUGAGAAAACCACAGACUACUCAACCCUCGGUAGAUCCUGUGGAGGUCGAUCCCACAAAACGCGUUUCCCGUCUUGGAUCGUUCAUACGAGUUGAACCACCAGAGACAGAAGGUGGUAACACGCAAAUGCAAACGUAUGUCAACUCAGUACGUACUCCAGCAUCAGCAAUCGUUCCACCGUUUAAUUACAAUCCCAAACAAAGUAACCCGGUAAAAGCAAACAUUAGUGAAAUUGAUGGUAAGCUUGUGGUGACGGAAUGUCAAAUGGAAAUCACUACUAGUUCCAUGAGAGUAACUACGGUAUAAAUAGAGAAAUGAAUAGAAUUCAGUAAGUUGCAAGGGUAGCAUUGAUUUUCUUUAUUCAUCUGUUUGAUUGAGACUGGUCAUCCCAAUUCGGUAGCUUGCCCAAAGUCUACACGGUUGCGUUUUUAACAUUUUAAAUAUUUAUUCAUAUUGCACUUGCUGGAUACUUUUGUAUAUUCGUUCUGUGAUUUUAAGGUAGUGGUUUUAAUUACUUGUUACUAUUCGAUCAAACUGCCAAGAUUAUGAGCCUUUGCCAGCAGAAAUUUUCUUUUUAAAUCCAAUCACGGAGUUGGAAUGACCGGUUUUACGGACUUUUUUACUUAUACUCUUAUUGCAUUGGUCAAUGUGCAAUUUGAUAUGUUACGCAGCAAAUAAUAUCUAGGUGCGUGGAUUGCGUGAGAAAGUAAUACCUUACGUUUUGAAAGCUGAAGAUAUGUAACUGUAAAUAUGAUAAUCUCCAUACGAUUGAUUGACAUAAUUUAUAGUACAGACCAGCAGAUUAUUUAUCACAUUUAAAUAUUUAUUUUACUGUGUAUAUAAUGAAAGAAGAUAGAGCAAAUAGGAAGGUUAAUCGUUAAUAUGUAUGUAAUCAGAUAUUAUGUAUGUAAUGUACAACAUUUACGAGAUUAGGUAUUCAUUGUCAUUCAUUGUAGUUUUGAGAUGAGAUGAUUUCAAAGAAGAUACUGUUUUUUUUUCAUUUUUUUCAUUUUUUUUUAUUUUUUUUUUUCACUUAGUCCAAGAAUAAGAGUGUACCGCUCUUUAUUAAAAAAUGAGAUGUAUGUAAUUAUAUUUCAAGACUGAUAGUGGCGUUGACAGAAAAUUGAUUUUGCGUAUCAUUCUAAUGGCGCAUGAUAAAGGAAAAAAAUUCGUGGUAAAAUGUAGUAAAGAAAACUUAUAGCUGUACAAUGGUCUACGUUACGAGAAGAAUUUUACACCUUCUACAAACACUUUUUGCAGCACAACAGGUGCAGGUAGAGAAAUACAGGCCUUUGUAACUAUCACUUUUAUGUUUCUAGUCUGCCCGCAAUUUUGUAGGGGUAACAAAGCUUAUAUUUUGAACAUGAAUUAAUACCUAAAGAUGUACGUUCAACAUUUAUCCAAUACUUAUCUACCAACUAUCCUCCAAAAUCGAACUAUAUCGUCAUUUCUCGAUGUAUACAGACCAAAUUAGACAUUUUUGUUUUGCUAGACUGAAGGAUGUCGCUACAAUAAUGGUUUACUAUAUCGAAAUAACGUGUUAAGCCACACAUGCGUUUCCUACAUCGCUUGAUUUCUUUACAUUUAUUUUCUGUAUUAAAUAAUUACUUUCGUACGUUUUCCUAUCAUAAUAUUGUCUUUGAUAUAAAGACUUUUAUAAGUACCUAGGUGUAUAUAUUAAUUUAUUUUUCUACGUUC